CCCAAUCCCAAAGAAGAGGAACUAAGCAGAUGAGCGUGCCGAAAGUUAUUGUAAAACAAGAGGAAUGACAGUUGACAUGAAAUUAAUCAUGUAAUAAGGUUAGUUUUUGUUCACGUUGUGACAACAAAAACAAGAAAUCUUUGCGUAUAUGCUGCAGUUAACGUUAGCAGCAAACCAACGUCGCAUGAAGGCGAUCUAGCUGGCUAGCUGAUGUAGCUAGCUAAUGUUUGCCAAUAAAUAUUGGCUAUGGUGGGUUCAUUUGACGAAAUAUAUGUUUGUAGACAUUAUGUACGACUAGCUAGUUAUUUCAUGACAACUAUGGACCCGAGGCACAAAGAAAUACUCAGGAAACACCGGCUGGACCUGUCCAAUCAAAUUUUAAUUGAUGACACCAUAGUUCAAUUCCUGUACCAGGAGAACAUUUUAACAGAGAGCCAGGUGGACGAGAUUCAGUCCCAAAUAGGCAACAAGAAGAAGACGUUGAGACUGCUGGAUAUCCUUCCCACCCGAGGUCCGCGGGCGUUUGGUACAUUUCUGAAUUCCCUGGAGGAAGAGUUUCCUUGGGUGAGAGACGAGCUACUCCAGAACUUGGAGCAACCCAACGUACCUGGGCAAAGUCCAACAGAUGAGUGGAACAUUCCAGAGGUGACGCUCCGAGCAGUCCCGUCCGACAGACAGUUGUCCCGGCUGGCAUCACGUCUCGGUUCGGAGUGGGAGUCGGUUCUCCUCGACCUGGGCCUCUCCACGGGGGCGCUGUACCGUUGCCGUGCCGACCACCCUCUGAGCUUGCACGGGCAGGUGCUAGCAGGGCUGAUCCAGUGGAGGCAGCGCCAGGGGAGGAGCGCUACAGUCCACAGGCUGCUCCAGAGCCUGAAGUCCACUGAAGUCCACCCCUCUACCCUGGACGAGGUGUUCCAGUGAGGGGAGAGGACACACUGUAUCAUGGAUGAAAUCCUAAUUGGAUGACAGCCAUUAGCUCAGCCAGACCAGGGUUUCUGAUAGGAAAAUGUGGCGCAUGUGACCGGCAGCUUUUUUUUACCAGACAUUUGAGAUCUGCCGGACCCAUAUGCAUUGGAUGCAUAACCUGAUUAGGGUGUCCAACCACAGUGCUCAGAAUGACACACAUCACGGUAAUUCAUAUUAACAGAACAUGCAAGUCGAGGAUACAACAAUGAAGUUAUAAGUGUCCACAUUUGCUUUUCCUCAGCCAACAAGACAACUAACAGCAACAUCACUAGCCUGUCAAUCUACUAUCCCCCAUAGUAGAAUAGUUAACCUAUUCUAUUGGUCAGGUGGUUGAGAAAUAGUCUAUUCCAAUCUGAAUCUGGGACAGUUGUGAGAUGGAGCCCAAAAUCAUACAACCAGUAGGCUUAGGCUACAUAAAAAAACAACGUUAAAAACAAUGAGAGUGACGCAACACAACAAAGUUUAGCUUAUAAUGCGGGGGAACUAUUAUUUCUUCACAUGAUAAGCUCAGCAAUGUGCACAAGGCAGUAGGCUACUCAUGAACGUUCCUUCCAUAAUGCAAUUAGCGGGAAAACACCGUUGUCAAAAGGGCACCACACACUUGAGCAGUUUCAUGUGACGGAGAUGAAAAAUGUCCAUUAGAAAUGUAGAAAGCGAUGGAAUAGGCUACUUUGAGGAAAGGUAAGACGUGCCUCAUAUGUAUUAAAAUGAAAUGCAUAGCGCCUCCAGCUCAUUGCCAAGUGGUGUGUGUGUGACGCGGCAGCAGCUCAAAGGCUCUAUAUGCUGUACGGGUGUGAUAAAUAAGAUGCAUAACAAAUAUACUGUAGCCUACACAUUUUGCCAACAUAAUUCCACUAAAUUAUGCGAAAUAACCUAGAGAACGAUAAAUAUGACCAGUCAAAUGUAUUUCCAUCAAUGAAGAGGCUAAAAAGCAUUAUUUCGCAAUGGGAUUUUUUCUUAUUUUCCAGGACAAUUGACCAGGGAUAUAUUAUUUCAGCUUUUCAACAACAACAAAAAUGUAUAGGCCAAGAGCCGGCUAUUACCGGCUAACAGAAACCCUGAGCGAGAUGUGUCAUUGGCCUGGCCCUGUGUGUGUGUUGUAAUAGGGACAUGUAAGAUUAAUAAAGUUAAUAUUCAGUUUAGAGUAAUUAACACAAUGCUUAGCGUAAUUAUGUUUUUACCUUUUCUGUAAUACACAUGAUUUCCAGUGUUUUAUUUUGGGGAAACUCUUGUGUACUGUUUGAUUGUCACUAGACUUGAUACGAGAAUAAUCCGUAACGUUCAGUAUCUCUUGAUAGUGAUUGAUGCCAGACUGGAGGUACAAGGACAGAGGACACUGAUUUGUUAUUGUAAGAUUAGAAUAAGCCGAUUUUGAAACCAUGCAGGCCUACACACACUCCUAAAGACACGCCUUUUCUCAGUCACUCAGACCCUGAAAAGUAAACAAACACGAUGGCGUUGCGACAUUCACUCUGUGGAAAACAAAUCCACUGAUAGUAUUUUAGUAUAUAGUAUUGCAUAACGUCUGGUCUUAUUUUCACAACAUAUUGUUGUAACAUUACGUCACAAUGAAUCAGGGACAUUAAUGGACCGCAACAAUAGCCACUGCUGCAGUCAGUUUUUAUCAAAUGGAAAUGCCUCAACAAGGUCAAGGCUGCAUGCCCAACAAGCACUCUCCAGGAUUUUUUCCCACGUGGAGCUGAAAUUAAAGGCGUUUGUACAUUAA